CAUGACAAAUACCUAUCCUGAUAGCUUGCGUGCUAGAAAAAAAUACUUAAUUUUCCUGAUAAAUAGGUAAUCAUGUAAUAGAUGUUUUCUCUGUUUGGCUGGCCAGAUUAGCAGCAAUACAUCCAAACAAUGGGAGGAUUGGCUAUUAUCAUUAUGGGUGUCACUGGUUCUGGAAAAUCUACAAUAGGGACACUUCUUGCAAAAGCUUUGGAUUGCAACUUCAUUGAUGCAGAUGACUUUCACUCUGCUGAAAAUAAAGAAAAGAUGCACAAUGGAACCCCAUUAACAGACGAAGACCGCAUACCGUGGCUAGAGGCAGUCCGUGAUGCUAUGAUAGAUUAUAUUAUCAAAGAUAAGAUUGUUGUUGUUGCGUGUUCUGCACUUCAGCCCAAGUACAGAGAAAUUCUUCUUCUGGCGGAUCCUGAGUAUGCAUUGGAUUCUUAUGAUUCAAAUAAAAAAACAAAGCCUAUCUCAUUCUCAAGCAAUGGAGGAAGACAGCAUGCAAAAUCCUUGUUCUCAAGAAAAGUUGUAUUUAUGUGCCUUCAAGCUUCAGCACAAUUAAUUGCAUCACGGCUAGAUAUCCGGGAAAAACAAGGAGCACACUUUAUGUCUCCAAACCUUCUGCAAUCUCAGAUAGACUUAUUACGAAUUGAUGAUACGGAAGAUAUAUUUCUAUUAGAUGCAACAUUGAGCCCUGAACUUAUUACAAAGAAUAUCCAGAGGAAACUAUCAGAGUUCCAAUUGUUAUCUUGAAUGAGACAGUAUGAAUAAUCUUAAAAUAAUAUAUUGUUUGUUUCUGCUCCUUAGUAUGAUACAAAGGAGUUCUUCUGCAUUUCUGAUAGAAAAUGGUUGGCUCAUUUGGGUUUCUACAUGUGUAAACUAUUAAUCUAUUGACAUGUAGAAAUCAACUACAAAAGCGUGCAACAAGACCAAAAAUUUCAGUACUAUCACUUUCAUAAUUUACAUUGCAUGUGCAAUUACAAUCAAUUUCAGUUCACCUUUCCAAGGAUGUGUAAAUGAUAAUUAAAAGAUCAGUUUAUGUCAA